GAGACACACACACACACACACACACACACACACCAUUACAUAAAGUCCGUCAGCCAGGAGGAGUCCAGUUCAGACUGGAGUCGAUUUUCAUCAGGACUACUUUUUGACUGGACACAAUUUGUGGAAACAUCUCCUCCUGGCAUGGAUCAACCGAUCUUUAAUCUAACUUUGCAGAGGUCUUCAUAGAUCUCCCCAAGCCUUAUGGUGAACCUUAUGUUUUGUUUGAGUCCCUUUAUCCAAACCUCUUCCUUCUGGGAUACACGCUAGAUCAUAGCCUCAUUAACAACCGGUGAAUCUCUGACUGCUGAUCAGGAUUUGGCCAUGAGUUGUUUCGGUUAUCGUCGAGAGCUGAGUAAAUAUGAAGAUGUCGACGAGGAUGAGCUCUUGGCAUCACUCAGCCCGGAGGAGCUGGCUGAGCUGGAAAAGGAGUUGGUGGACAUUGAUCCCGACGCCAACGUGCCCAUUGGACUCAGACAGAGAGAUCAGACAGACAAGACCCCGACGGGCACGUUCAGCAGAGAGGCCCUCAUGAAGUACUGGGAAAAUGAGACCCGUAAACUUCUGGAGAACGAGAUAGCAGGAGGAAGUCCCAAACUGGAUGAAGAACAAGAAGACGAUGACGAGUGUCUGACCCAAGAGGACAGUGAAGAGGAGGAGGAAAAACAUGAUGAGAAUGAAAAGGAGAGCAAAAAGUCGGAGAAUUCUAUGGAGGAAGAUCCCAGAGAGGAAGACAGUGAUGAAGAUGAAGAAGAAGAGGAGGAAAGCGAGGAAGAGGAGCCUGUAACAGAAGAAGAUGAUGAUGACGAUGAUGAAAUGGAAGAGGACAAACAAGACGAUAGAUCAAAUUCUACACCCCCGACAGAUUCAAGUCUAUUGACAACCCAGGUGGUUGAACCAACACUCCUAAGGCCUCAGAAGGUGGAGCCUAUCAGGCGGACUCCUCCUCCUCCACCUCCACCUCCACCACCAGUUGACCCAAACUCCAGUGGAAACCCUACAGUUGUUGACGAUGCUUUGCAACGAGUUCUCAAUAAUGACUCCGAACUCACUGAGGUGAAUCUGAACAACAUCGAUGACAUCAAACAGGAAACUCUUAUUCGAUUUGCUGAAGCACUGACAGCCAACAGCCACGUGCGAGUCUUCAGUCUGGCAAACACCCGGGCUGAUGACCACGUUGCUGUGGCCAUUGCUAAGAUGUUGAGGGAGAACGCAUCCAUCAUCAGUCUGAACAUCGAGUCCAACUAUGUGAGCGGGAAGGGCGUGAUGGCGUUGGUCCAAGCACUUCCAGGCAACAACACCCUGACUGAGCUUCGCUUUCACAACCAGCGGCACAUGUGUGGAGGACAGGUGGAAAUGGAGAUGGUGAAGAUUCUGAGGGAAAACCACACUUUGAUCAAGCUGGGUUACCAGUUUAACCUUCCCGGUCCCAGAAUGAGCAUGACUGGAAUACUGACCAGAAACCAGGACCGCCAGAGGCAGAAACGGCUGCAGGAGCAGAGGCAACAGCAACAGGGAGCGCAAGAUGGAGCUAUCAACCCAAGAACCUCUGCCCUGCGAGGCACACCAAGUUCAUCCCCCUACAGUUCCCCUUGGUCCUCCCCCAAGCUUCCCCGAAACGACCUGGCUAAAAAGCAGACCCCCCCUGCACCACCGCCGCCUCCUCCUCCGCCGCCGCCUCCUCCACCGCCUCCUCCUCCUCUUCCUCCGGUUCUCCCGCCCCAACAGGAGAAGAAGAAGCCUACGAGGAUGAUCGCGGAGGUCAUCAGGGCCCACGAGGCGGGCAGCAAGAAGGCGGCCAAAGCGAAGGGGAAGAAGGGGAAGAGGGGCAAGGGGAAAGAGGAGACGGGCUGCAUCCUCAAGGAGCUCAAGAACGCCCUGAGACCCGUGGCGACAGAGAGGCGGGGGGAGGAGGGCGGCAGCAGGCCCUCCACGCCGAUGAGGUCCGCCCACGACCAGCUGAUGGAGUCCAUCCGCGGCAGCAGCAUCAGGAACCUCAGACGGGUGGAGGUUCCUCAUCAUCUCCACUAAGAGCCGCUCUGCAUCAUAAUGAUCGCGAUGACGGAGGAGGAGACAAACCGGACUUUUUUACGCUAAGAAAAUGAAAAUCUUUGCUGGAAAUUUGUACUCAGUUCUAAUUAUGUUCAAGACUUCAAGAUAUGAUGCCCCCCCCCCUCCCCUCCUUUGCAAAAUAUCACUCUUAAAUGUCUCAGAUCAUCAAACACAUUUUGAUAUCAGGCACAUAACGAGAAAAAGUACAGAAAGCGGUUUCCAAAUGAAGAUUUAAUUUCUUAAGAGUAAUGCGCUGUCCAAGGCAACCUGACUUUAAGGGAAAUUUGUUCUUAAAUGUCUUCAGAUUUGGGCAUAAUGAGUUGUUGUUCGAUGUUUAUUAGCCAGCUUCAUGUUGUCAGAUGGGUUCUGUUUUAAGGAUUUUCUUAAUUGUAAGGGUCGGCAGUAAUCAGGUCCAAAUGUGAACUCAGGCAAGGAUUGUUUGAAUGGACUUUACCCCUUAAAUCGAUAACAUUCUGAUUUGAAAACUGAAUAUUGUAUUUGCCCAGGUUAUCUUAGCCUGGAAUAAGUAAAAAAAAAAAAAAAAAAAAAAAAGAGGAUCUUAAAUGUUGAAGUGUGACAAAAAAGGAUAAAUAGAAAGAAUCUGUAAGGGACUAAGCGCUGUUUUUGCAUCCACUCACAGUAGAAAGUGAAAUUGGUUUUCUUAUUCUGAAAUCUCUAAGUGUCUGGUUUUUACUGACGUUUUCUAAGUGUCCAUUUUCUUGUACGGCUGUAAAUACAAUCUUUACUUGGUUGAAUUAUUUCUAAAUAUACCCAUUUGCUUCUACUUGCA